AUGGCUCGCACUAAGACGACAGCUCGGAAUUCAACUGGAGGAAAAGCCCCUAGGAAGCAACUAGCUGCUGCCCGUAAGACAGCACCGGUAACCGGAGGGGUUAAGAAGCCUCGCCGUUACCGCCCUGGUACUGUAGCUCUUCGUGAAAUUCGCAAGUACCAAAAGGGCACUGAGCUGCUCAUUAGGAAGAUGCCCUUCCAGAGGCUGGUGAGGGAGAUUGCCCAGCUUCACAAAAGUGAUUUGCGUUUCCAGAGCCAUGCAGUGCUUGCUUUGCAAGAGGCGGCAGAAGCAUAUCUUGUGGGUCUCUUUGAGGACACCAACCUAUGUGCCAUCCAUGCCAAGCGCGUGACGAUCAUGCCGAAAGAUGUUCAUCUGGCUACAAGGAUCCGUGGUGAAAGACCAUGACUGUAUUGAGAAGGGAGCUACCGGCCACAACCUGCUGCAUAAUU